AUGCAGGACGGCACCUAUCUCCAAAGCGACAAUUUAGACGACGCGAAAGCUCAUCUAAGCAUCCCGAAAGAACACAUUUCACCGCGCCUCUCGGGUAUACAUAAAGAUUAUCCAUUCCUGGACCACCAGAUCAUCAGAGUGGACCGAAUCCUUCGCACCUAUAAGGACGUCAGAUUCUCCAGCCAUCCGCUAUACAAUGAUAUUAGAUUAGGAAAAACCUUCACCGCCAUCGCCUUCCUUCUCCACCUGAAGAACAAUGGGUUGCUAAAACGCCCCAUCUUAAUCAUCGCCCCGCCUGACAUUGUCGUCCAAUGGGCGGAUGAAAUUGAGGCUAUCACGCUGCUAAAAGCACAUUUUGAGACCGGGAUUCUCCGACUCCAAAAGCUUAUCCUUUCGCCCCCGAAAUGUCAUGACUUCUUUAAGUUCACAUCGGCUAUUUUCGGAGACAACGCCAAUGUGGUUACUGCCGAUGAUCUCAACAUGAUUCUCAAAUUGGACGAUGAACGGCGACAUCUAGAGCUGCGCAUUCUAUUUUCCCUAAAAUGA